AUGUCUACAACCAGCCCGGUCACCGGCGAUGUAGUCGCUACACUUCUCGAUGGGAACUCAUUCCAAUCAGCCCAGCACGCGACCAUUCCCCACCCCGUCGGCUGCGAAUGCAGUAACUCGUACAAUGUGCUCGAUACAAACGCCCCAGUGCAGCUGGCUUCUGGCAAAGAGACGACUGGAACCCAUAUUGCUACCAACAAUGAGCCUGGAGAUAGCAAGAAGCGCCAGAACGAAGCACAUCAAGAAGAACAGGAAGCCGCCAACAAGCGACGGAAUCUAAACGACUCGACAUCAGAACCGUCUCACAAACGGACCAUAGCACGGACCCGACGCGAUGCAAAGCAUGCAGAGGCUGUUGAGGAAGGCCGGAUCACAUGUCUUCAACUUUGCGCAAAGUUGCACACCACCCUACCUCGAGAACUACGAGAUAUGGUGUACAGCGAGACCAUCGGCCCACAUGACCGCGAGAACGUCACCGGGCACCACGUCGAUAGAAAACACGCCAUCCAAAGUCCAGCCAUGGAUUUCAUCAACCACGGGAUACGGAGCCUAAAGUCAACUGAACAGCGCGGUCUGAAAUGGUGGCUCGACAGCUACAUGGGUCGCGAAGUAGCCACCGAGAUCGUCGAGCAAUUUUACCGCAGUCGAACGUUCUGCUUUAGUCGUCGAAGGUCGGGCUUGAUCCCUGAUUUCCUGAAACACGACGUCUUCUCCAAAGGCCUUGAACCGGGACUUUUCGUUCAGCACAUGCAUGCUCAUGUGGGCGAAUUCCAAAUUGAGACUAGUUACUUCGACGAGCUCAAAGACAUACUCGGAAAGAUCAAGAACAAGGAUGUCAAUUUGCAUAUACGUCUUCACCACAGGACUAGCAUGUCGGCUCGACGGCUGCAACUAGAGAAACUGGGUCCUGUUGUUUACCAGCUAAGAAGGGAAGGGCUGAGUCGCGUUACUGUACAGAGUUCGGGUUGCUGCAAGGACUUCACGUCGUUGUUUGAUGUGCAAGAAGGGCUUUUCUUGGAUCAUCUGGAAAAAUGGGCGUUGACGGCAAAUCCCAACAUCUGA